AUGGAAAUGAAGUUUGCCAUACUCAUACAGGGUGCUGCCAAAGUACCAGAGUUCCAUGAAUGCCGGUCCUGGCAGGCGCUGUCAGCCCUUCACGAACAAACCAAUCAGCUUGGCACAAUUUUGAUGUCCAACGUCAAAUAUGUUAGCAAUAACAUGAUGAAGUUUGCCGAGAUGAGAGCAAAGGGGCAGCUACCCACCACCGAGACUGCAUGGAGGAAACUGUUCCAUACAGAGAUGAAAACUGCAGCCAAAGAAUUGUUUGGGGGCCUCUUUGCAUACAGCCAUGUGGUUCAUUUGGCAGCAUCCCUUGGGUUGUACCCUCCUGAAUUCAGACAUUAUGCCACUUACUCCCAUCCACCUCCAAUCACAAAAAAGGAACAUUCCCGUAGUGGUCGACAACUACCUGAAGAAUGGAUCGUUGGCUAA